AAAUGUGGAUCAGUGGAAACAAUCAUAACCUAUAAUUCUGAAGUGCAAGGCUUUAUAGCCAGAGUUAGUCGCACUCGCUUUAUGCACAUUUGAGUCCACUUUGUCACCUUCACAUCUAAGUAUUGCGGUGUUUUGUAUUUUGUGCUGUCUUCGUCUCCUCACAAGAAAUGGAAGGCAUAAACAACAGUUCACAAUCAAUGGGAGUUGGGCAAACUCACCAUCCAGUAAACCACACCAGACCCUUUUUCUAUGUUCAGCCACCAUCUCAGCCUUGUUUUAUGUAUCAAUGGCCCAUGAAUCCAUAUGGCCACUAUGGCUUUCCAGGGCCAGCUUUGCAAUUUGGCCGUCCAUAUGUGGCCCCUUAUCAGUUUAUGCAGUAUCCUGGGUAUGUGAUCCCACAUGCGCCCAUGCAGCCUAUCGAUUACAGAAGAAUCAACCCCCACUUCCCCUCUGUUGCAUCCUACGAUUUGCGUGUCCGCCAACACUAUCAACAUGCAGGGACGCAUCGGGAGACUGCCUGUUCUGAGGUCCAAACAGAUCCUAGUGAUUCAGUCAACAAACUGAUAGACAAAAUUGAGAGUCUGAAGGCCAGUGAACAAGGUGGUGACAAGGGGCUUAACUCUGUGGUCUCCUCUACCCCUGAUGUAGUACAGGGAGAAAAACUGACCUGUUUAAAUGAAGACUCUAAGUUAGAGCUCACCUCUCAGGAAGGCAAGGAGGAACCGGUCACAAGGCCCACAACCUACAGCGACUCUGCGUAUGAUGCUGAAUCUAGCCAGGGUAGACUGGAUGAAUGUAUGCUAUCAGAUGUGCAACCCCUUGACAGUUCCUCUGUCCAUGAGGAAGAGGAUCCCAAUGAGGAUGAGCAACAAAGUGUUCCUGAUGAAACAUGCUGCCAAAAUGGAAAGUCAACAAGUGCAACUGGCAAUGUGUUCUGUAGUGGUGUCAAAGGCACUGCUGAUCUAACAGAGAAUCUCGAUUUGGAGAAACCAGGUGAUGAGCUGGUACAGAAUAUUGCAUCUAAUGAUGCUGUUGCAGUUAUGGAGCCUCUUAUAAAGCUCUCUGGAGACUUUGACCUGUCGUAUCAAAUCCUUCGCUUGCCCUGCAAUAAGACCACAACUGGCCUAAGUCUUGAACGAGAGAUUGACCCACUUGUUUACUUUGAUUCUCCGCCUAUGCUGUUGCCUCGACAAAACUAUCUGUCCUCAAUCGGCAGUGCAUAUUCCUACAGCUACUACCCUCAGGUGACCCAAGAGCGCCAGAGUGUCCUGAGUCCAUCCAUAGAUGAGCUCUCUUCCAGAGAUGAGAUGUUCUCCACUGAUGUGGAGGAUCUCGAUCUUAUUCCGGGGCAUGUGUAUGUUGGUGGUGGCAAGCUGGCUGAAACCAGUGACGUUCCUUUUCACUCCAGAAAAGAGCUCCUAGUAUUUUUUUCCCUGCUUUAUUCCUUUAAAACCUCUAAUUAUUGAAUUCCUUUAAAUAAA